AUGAUUCAUUAUCAUAAUCUAAUAUAUAUAUAUCAAAAUAGUCAAUCUAACAAGUAUUCAUUAUGUAAUUAUUAUCUUAUAUGGUAUUUUAUAUUAUCUUAUAUAUUUGCAAUUCCAUUCCAUAGAAUGCAUUCAGAGAUUACAGUCAGUUUACCGGAUACUUAUAUAUCACAUAUAAAUACAAAUAAUAAUUAUUAUUUAAAAGAUUAUCAUAUCAUCAAUAUUAAACAUUUGAAUAAACAAAAUACAAAUUUAUCAUUGAAUAAUCAAAUUAAGAAUAUAAUGGAUAAUUCUAAUUUAACUAGAAUAAAAGAGCAUAAACAAUAUCAUAGACAACAAUUAUAUCAACCGACAGAAGCUUUACACUUUCAUUCAGGUUCAUAUGUAAUGAACAAUCCUUUACAUGUUAGUUCACAGAAUCAAUAUUUAAAUGAAUUGGAACAAUAUUAUCCAAAUGUUUGGUUUCAACAAAGAAAAUAUUUGACAACAUCUAAAUAUCGUUCCGAUUUAUGGACUACAUUACACGUCGAGAAUUGUUAUGAAGUCAAACCAGCUCCAGACUUGUUAUCUCAAGAAGAAAUUCAUUGGUAUGAAAGAAAUUUCUUCAAUUAUAAUAAUAAAAAACGUUUUUCAAGACAAACUAAAAGAAAAUACAAAAGUUAUUAUAAGAAGUUACCUGGUUUAAAAAGUCAAUGGCUUCGAAGUAAAAGAAAUUGGAUCAAAUCUCCUAAAAAGUUUACAUGGUUAACAAGGAAGCAGAAUAAAAAUUACUCUUUAUUGAGAUCAAAACGCUCAGUUCAUGAAAAUGAGAUCAAUGUAAGUGAAAAAUUGAAAAUAUCUAGCAACACAGUUGUAACCAAUCAGAAUGUUGGAAAUAAAUCUGCAUUAAAUCAUCAUUCUACAAAUAAUGUUGUUGCUGUAAUCACUGUGCACAAAAUUGCUAUUCGUCCAUCUGUAUUAAUUUUAAAACAAGGAAAUGUUCAAGCACGUAUACAGUAUGUUAUGCAAUUACAUAAAGAAUUAACUGAACAAUAUCGGCUUAUUUUAGAAGUACGUAUAAAUCCGGAAUUUCCUCCGUUAUACAUUGGAGUAAUCCAGAAUGUAUGUGAUUACUGGCCAGCAAAUGUUCCACAAUCAAAAUGUUCACUGAAAAGACCUAGAUUUUAUCAGAAAAACACAAUGUGCUUUUGUAAUAUGCCACCGGGUAUUUAUAGACAACGUGUGAAAUUGAAUCUUAACAAUAUUCUAGAUGAACUUGAAUUACCGCGAUUUUUAGUUAAUUUCUUAUUUUCUGAUAAGAAACUUGAUGUUCAUAUUACAAUCAAACUAGAAAUGGAAAAUAAAGAUCUUGUAGGUUGUAUGAAAGUGAAGUUACCAUUACAAUUCAUAUCUGCAUAA